GAUCGUGAAAGUAUACCAACCGCCACUGGUUGUGCACGGUAUAUGCUUCGAUUUACGAAAUGCAUGUCCACACGUGUACACGUGGAUAAAUGUGUUGCUACACUUUCCCGCGCUCACCAGGCCUGCAUAUCUGCUGCCCCAAUCCCAUUUCUUGCAGCUUCUCCGUACUCGCAGGCAAUUCGAGUUUCUCAAACCCUAGAAAUUGUGUAAAGAGAAAACCCUAGUUCCUGCAGAGGACCUUUGAAGAAGAGACAUGCCGAAGAGGUGGGGAAAGCAAACGGACGAGGACCACGCUGGUAGUGAGGGCGACUCUGAGGGCGUAGCCCCCCCAGCUCGCAAGACGCAAAAGAAAGAUACUGAAGAUAGUGAUGGAAUCACAGUCUGCGACAUUUCGAAGACGAGGAGGGUUUCUGUGAGAAACUGGCAAGGGAAUGUUGUGGUCGAUAUUCGAGAGUUUUACUUCAAAGAUGGCAAACAAUUGCCUGGAAAGAAAGGUAUCUCACUUACCAUGGAACAGUGGUAUGUGCUUCGAGAUCAUGUUGAUGAGAUUGACAAAGCAGUAGCAGAGAAGGCUUAAGCUUGGAGUUGCUUCUAAUCUUGGGAGGCUGUUCUGGCUGCGUAUUGUGGUUGUGCGCACUGUUUUGUUAUGACCAUAUGUUGGAGUAUUGCUGGCAUGCACACUAUGUAUUGUGCCUGUUUCUGUACAUAUUACAGAGCUGGAGCUUGUUUUGAUGGCAGAAAAGUGUAACACGGUGGUUCUGGAAUACGCGUCUGAUACGUGUGAAUGUUGUUUAGGAUAGCUUGUUUCUUAUUCACACCAACACUAAAUGCCAUUCGAAAACCUAUUGUUUUUUGUGUGCAUAUGCCCUUUCCAUC